CUGCCUUUUGUGUACACCACAUCGCAUGCCGGACCUUGAGACCUUCACAACAUCAGCGUGGCCAUCUAGGCCUGCCAUCACUCAUCAUGGCUACCUUCAAAGCCCUCAACCUCGAAUCAGAUGAUGAAGAAGACAUCGAGAUCGACGACACCAAGGAAAUCCAGAUCGAAGAAGCUCUCAAGUUAUACCAGACUGCCCUGAAAUUCCACUCGGAUGGCCCGCCUUCCUACACACAAGCUGCCGAAGCAUACAGCGCCCUGUUCGAAUCCGACAUCUUCAAAUACCCCGAGUCGCAACAAGAGCUUAAGCGUCUCGAACUUUACGGUCCGCAGCCAGAGACAGACGACUAUUACUCGCAUCACGAAGUCCAUGUUGUGCCGACGGGAGAAAACGCGCCCAGUACUCUGCCUCAGAUCAUCCACCUGGCCUACAAGAACCACGGCCAGUUCUUACUGGAGUCUCUACAACACAAGCUGCGUCACUCAACUGAAGACGUUCAGAUCAACACCAAGCACAUCCUCAAAGCAUCAGCUGCUGCCCUGGAGUGCUUUGUCGAAGCGAUAGACAAGGAUGAUAGUGAUUUGGACCUGUGGAGACGCUCCGCUGCGGUUGGAGAAAUGCUGGGAAGCCAUCGCAUCGCUCGCUUCUGCCUCGAGGCUGUCCUGGACGAUGACUCUCAAGGCCUGGACUCGGUGCUAUCCAUUCCAGGCAUCACAGAAACUCUGGCUGGCCAACAACUGCGUGAACUGGUCGCUAAACUAGAAGACGAGCUCUCGGUACUGCAGGCCCCGUUGUCUACCAUGAAGCGCCGUCAGCUGUCUACUAUGCUCAAGCAGAAGCUGGCCAACUACUCCAUCAUCCACAACUACCAGAGCAAGCAUCCCACACCACCCGUCUCGACUCGGCAGGCCCUACGCUGUGUUCUGAGCGCUCCCAAGUCAUGGCUAGACCUCGGCGACAUUCUUCAUCGUCACUACCUUGCCGAACAAGCCGGCACCACCUCUGCUCUACCUGCUCUUGGUAUCUCUUUCAACCUCGACCGCCAGUCUCCGGAUGUUGAGACUAUCGAAGUCGAUCACCCUUCGCCUCGCGACCUGUCUGUUCAAUCGCCGAACAUGUCGUCCUUGGUUGACGCCCAAUUCCCCGGCACAGAUGGAGGCCAGCCCAACGUGCCUCCUCCUGCAUUCAAGCCAUCACCAGAACUGGACGCGACCAUUCAGACCUCACCUGUUACCGUCUUGCCCACUCGCAAGCGUUCUAGCGAUGCCGCCGGUCUCAUAGACAGCAACUCUGCGGAAGGCGCAAGAUCCAAGAGCAAGCGUUUACGCGCCAGAGAAUCCAUCGUCGACCAGAGCCAACUCGAGGAUGACACCAUGAUUGAUCCGGCUCAAGCCGACGAUGCUCUGGCUGAUCUCGAUUAUGUCGACAACCAACUUUUCGAGUCUUUGGACGAGCUGUUCGAAAAGGUCGAUCUUCCCAAGUUCAACGUCUCCCCUAAUGCUCGCAAAGACCUUCGUGACGCUGCCACUAGCCACCGUCCUAAUGUCGAGGGUGUAGACCUGGCCUGCGUGGACAUGUUUACUUUCCUCAAUGAGUAUUCUGAAGAACGAGCUCGGGUGUUACUACACGCUAACAGCGAUCUUGACACGACCUCUGAUGCUCACGUCAAGCCUAGUGGCCGCUUCUCUGCUACUCCAGGUACUCAGUCUCGUGCCGUCACCAAGCCAGACCUGGACCAGCAAGGCGAGCUUGACCGCUUCAUAUCCCGAACAAACUCGGACUUUCUGCACAUCAACGAGGUCCUCUAUGACUGGGUCAUCGAGUUUCUCAUCCCUGACCAUGGAUCUCAUCUGCGUCCUGAACUGCCUGUGGGCAUGUCAAGCUACCCCGGGCAUACGUGGUCAACAGAUUUCAAAGCUCUUCUUGUCCGAGUUCUUAUCACGACAGAUGCCUUUAUCUUUGAGACUCUCGCCGAUUUUGUUCUGAAGUGGGAUAAGUUUCUGCUUUCUGACACCAGCGCUGAACAGCUCGAUGAAGCUCUUCCAUUUAUCGAAGUUAUCCAGACUCUGUUCGAACUCCAUGUAGAUGUCUACUCUCUAGUCAAGGAACCCAACAGUGGUGUUGAUGCUGAGACUCUCCAAGUCCAAGAAGAUCGCGCUGAAAGAUGGAGCAACCUUGCUCGUGACGCCAUGAACCUGCGGACCAGCAUGCUAGACACGCCGAGCUUGAAGGAUGAGCUCAAUUUGCGUCAUCUUUGGACUGUUACACAUCACAUUAGUGUUUCGAAUAAUGUGUCCCAAGACCAUGUCAUUGCUUGUUGGUCGGAACUCAGAUCAAUCUUCAAGGCUGUCGGAGAGUCUGUCAUUGACCUACCCAACAACACGGUUAUGCCGCAGUUGUCCAUCGAGGCCAUUGACAGAGAGUUGUCUAGACUCACAACGCAGGACUUCUUCACCAAAGUGUUUGAUCCUACUCAAAAUGAUCCCACCGUAGUGAUCGAAGGAUUGGAGCCACUUUUGGAAACUUUGCAUCAGGACGUCAACCAAGGCGACAUUCCAGUGUCCGACGCCGAUAGCGAACCUGCCACAUCUGCUUCCACUCCUUCUGAGCUGCUGAACUUCUUGCAGAACAGUAACAUUGGUAUGCAAGUCUCGCUCUGGCAAAGACUCCGCGAGGCGUAUGAGAGCAUCGAUUACCAACCCAUGGUCCUCUGCUGCUACUUCCGUGUAAUCGAACUCUUGCUCUCCGACCUCAAAUCGCCUUCGUACUCUGAGAAGUCCCUGAGCGAGCGUCAAACGGUUCUGCUCAAGUACAUGCGUCUCAUCAAUGACCUUAUCAGCAAGAUCUGUCUCUCUGUCUCAUCACACUCCGACGCGCUCGACUGUAUGGACGAUGAACGCCUUCAAAAUUCAAUGAAUUGUCUGGUUGACCUGCAGAAGAUGUUGCAUGCUUCAACGAUGUUACAGGAUGAGAUCAAGAUUGGCAUGAAGCAAACACCUGCGUCCAACAAUGGCGCACCUCUCAGAUCGUUCACCGCUGUCAGCAAAGUUCUACAAGACUUGCAAUUACAGUCGUGGACUCUCAUGUACAAGCUAUAUCGUGAGAGCCUGGAUCAAAACAAGGACAAGGUUGAGAAGCCUAAUAAAGCACUGUUCGAAUUCCUCCGUGCUGUUCACCAGGUUUUGGGAGCUCGAAGCUUGUGCGGUGGAUCGGAUCGAGUUUUUCUCAAACUCGCCAAAUUGGAAGUGCUUCGCUUCCGCAAUGACGCCGAAGAGCAAAACGACGACUUCGACCUCGAGUUUGCUCAGAUUCUCUAUGACAUGUUUGGUCUCAAGUGUUUCCUCAACCCGAGUUAUGCGCUUCGGGAGCACAAUUGCAUGCACGAUGCUUUUGUUGACAAAGCAUCUGGGAUGCAAGCCGUCGAUUUGUUGUUGAAUCUGGCCUCCAGAAUUAAGAUGUCCGAGCUGCCGAAGCAUCCUCUCAAAGACACAAUCGAGAAGGUACAUGGUAUCAUCAAUCGCAAAAAGCCAUCAGAAGCUAUUCUUCGCAAUCGUGAUGUUUACAGAGCUUACCUUAAGUCGAACAUCAACCCACUCGACAUGUAUCGAUGCUUGAGAGGAGAGUGCGAGCUUGCCUUGGCACCUGUUCCAGCUGAGCAUGCUGUUCUUGCUGCAAAUGGUUGGUACUUCCUCAUGGGUCAUAUCUCAUUGAGCAAGUUCAGGGCUCAGAAGCGCAUCGGCCCCACUGCUACUGAGGAUCUCAACAUCUCUGUGGCGUUCUUCGUGCAAGCUCUUGAGUACAGCAUGGAUGACUGGGAGUUGUGGUUCCGCUUGGCUCAGGCUUAUGACUCCAAGAUUGAGGAGGCUGUCUCGUGGACUGCUGACAAAAUCAAUGGAGACAUGGACGAGCUUGUCACAUGGCAACGUGCAGCUAUACAUUGCUAUACUAUGGCCGUCUCCUUGGCGAUGCGUUAUGCCGAACCCAGUGCUGAAACCCGAGCCAAGUUUGGAGAGAUGUACGCCGACUUUGCCAUGAGAAUCUACUCUUCUUCCAGAGAGCCCUUCGGCAUGAAGGCGUUUGCACUUGAUGAUGCUGAGCGAUUCUUGAGUCGGGAGACCAUCACAAAAGUCCCAUCCUUCAAGGCGUUGACUCCUUUCGCAGCCUGGAAGCUUGCUAGAGAACUCUUCCGACGUGCUAUUCGCAUUAAUCCUCACAAGUGGAAGCUUCACUUCUAUCUGGGCAAGUGCCUGUGGAAGAUGUACUGCAAUGCUCCCAAGCAGUUAGAUCGACCAAGUAUCGAUGCCAUCAUCAACGAGUUUUGCGAGUCUAUCAACUUGCUCCCAAGAAAGAAAGACACGAAGCGCGAGCCAGUUCUCGAGCCGCACUACAAGCUUGUCUCUAUUGUGCACAAGAUGGUCACUCGCCGCUAUAUCGACCCCACUGAAGGAUGCAGUAUCCUUACCGCUACGCCAUAUGCUUCGAAGAUCGAUUCUGUUUCGAAUUUCGAAUCAUGGGAACCAUAUAUCCUCAAGGUCCUGAGAAGUCUUCGAGCUGCAGACAAGGUGCAUUGGCAUCAUCGCAUGAUCUACAGAACAGCUGCCAUCCUCUACCGUGACGGCAGUCAAGAGUCUUAUUGCGUGGCUGCGAAACACGAGCUUAUGCAGCAAAUGUUUACCAAGACCAUGAUGAUGAAUGUCUGGAAGCCGGAAAACGAACGCCCUGGUCGUCACUUUGUCUACACAACAAGAUAUGCCGAUAUGUUCAUCAAAAUCCUUGAGUUUUUGGAAGACCGUCCGCUGCUCGACGCUCUUGCGCGCAGAGUUCGUAAGAAGACUGGCGAGUUCUUCGAGCAUGGAAAUCUCUGGCAGUAUCUUUGCACUGCCUAUCUCAAGGUGCUACGUCGCCAUGGACAGAUUCCGAUAGCUCAAGAAACUGCUAUCUUCAGUGGUAUCAAUCACGAGGACUUCUUGCGUCGCAAGGACUAUUUGGAAACCUGGUGUCAGAACCCUACAAACGUCAGCCACCCGGUGUUAGAAACCAUGCAAGAAGUUGUUGAGCUCAAGAAAAUUAACGGCGGCUUGAUGAAGGCGGCGACAAUUGAUGAUCUCAUUGGAGAUGCCUAUGCAUAUCUCUAUGAUACUGUCGGUCGAAGGCUCUGGGUUGCAGAAGAGGCAAGGGACCAACAGAUCAAGAGGGAAGAGUUGGCAAAGGAGCAAGCAGCUACACCUUCUGCUUCCACGUCAGAACGCAACCCGAUGAUGAACCUGUCGCAUCUGAUGAAUGGAGAUGUUGCGACAGAUUCUUUAAUCAAGCAUCCUGGUCUUUCGGUUGCUACUUCUGGCCUUGACGGUACUGCCACACCGCCGACAGGUGACCAAGUACCAGCACAAUCACGCCGCAAGAUUGGCGUUGGAAGACGCGAAGUGCGUCUCUGCGCAGACGCCUGUAUCGCCAAGAUUGGCGCCGGAACUACCACGCCGGCCGCCAAUGAACUCGCACGUCCUCGGCAAGAAGUAUCAGUCGUGAUAGAAACACGACGCCCGCCCAAGUUGGCCGAGCAGUCAGGCGUUGACACGGCAGAAGGUAGUGUUGCGGGUAGCAUCCACGACUCUGCUGAUGACGAGAGCGAUAGUGAGCUCAGCGAUAUUGACGAAGACGUGGUCAAUUCUGGACCCGGACCACAAGGCCAACAGCCCACAAUGUUCCCUAAUCUUGCUUCGCGCUUGUCGAGCGUCAAGGACAUUGACAUGAUCACUGACAGCGAGGAUGAACAUGAGGACGUUGUUGAAGGUGCUGAAGACGGCGAAGGCUACGGACAAGAAGGUGAUGAAGAAGAGGAAAUCGACGACGAAGGCGGCGAAGAAGCUGAAGUCGAUCCUGAGCCUGAAGUCGAGGAAGCAGAUGAUGUCGAGAUGGAGGAUGAAGAAGAAGAAGAGGCCGAAGAGCCCGAUCCAGGAGCUGAAGCCGGCGUCGCUGCGCGUAUGGCUUAGUACGCCAGGCGAUACGAAAAGCGCAGGAAAGACGCCAUAGAGGAACGGACAUGUGCAAGAGGCAUAUACAAUCCAUAUUGAGCGUGGUCUUGUGGAUGUUGUUGUACAAACUGGAGAUCAUUCGUAGUCACGAGGAAGGUUGAAGGAGAAACAAGCAUUAGAUACCCAGGUACGGAAAAAUGAAAUCGCUCUUUAUUCGCUA